AUGACAAUGCAACAGUAUUGUUUGCGAUGGAACAACCAUCAACCAAACUUCAUUUCGGUCUUUUCUAGUCUUCUGAACAGUGAGUCACUGGUCGACGUUACUUUAGCCGCCGAAGGCAGGCACUUGCAAGCGCAUAAAGUGGUCUUGUCCGCUUGCAGUUCAUAUUUUCAAUCUUUGUUCACUAUCAAUCCUUGCCAACAUCCCAUUGUGAUAUUAAAAGAUGUUAAAUUCACUGACUUGAAAGUUAUGGUCGACUUCAUGUACUAUGGAGAAGUCAACGUCUCACAAGAGCAACUACCACACAUUCUCAAAACUGCUGAAAUGCUAAAAAUCAAAGGUUUGGCCGAGAUCCCCGUCGACCAAUCCGUCUCAAAAGCCCAGAACAGUUCGACCGACAAAGCUGAACUCUUGACCCCCAGCGAGGCCAACUGGAGCACCGAGGGGGGCCCCCGCCAGUCGCUGUCACCCUCGCCGUGCCCCCUGUCGCCGAGCAGCAAACGAAAGCGGUUGCGGAAAUCGUCAACUGGUUCCGGAUCUGGCUCGACUGAGCGCACUUCAGACGAGCACCAGUCCAGCGAAGUGACUUUGACGUCGUCGAGCGGUGGCACCGUUAUUAAGUCAGAUCCGGGGGGCUAUGCUUCUGAUAGCAGUAGCAUUUUGCAGAAGAGUAAGGGGCACAGUAGCGACUCCGAGUUGCAUAGAGGGAGUUCGCAUGAGAGUGUGGAAGGGGAAAUUACGCACCAAGUGACGUUGCAAGUUCCUCAAGAAGUCAGUGUUCAACAUGGGUUGGAAGCGAGCUCGGUUGAGGCGGCUGGGCCCUCCACCACCUCGCAGUUGACGUUAACUGGCAUGCAGUGGAACGUGAUGGACCACACCGCGUACGCCCAAUUCACGUCAUGUACCUCCCCCACCUCCAUAACCACAAACCAGACCUACGCCCCCCCGUGUCCCCCAAUGGCACAGCCCAUGAACCCCCCAUCCCCCAACACCCAAUGCUACCAAAACCAGAUAACCAACUCGCCGCCUCAGAUGAUACAGAAGCGGAAACGGAGCAUCAAUCCGCAAGGAGAUGAGAAUUUCAUCAGGGCUUUGGAGGCGGUCAGGUUUGGAGGGAUUGGGUUUUGCAAGGCGGCACGGUUAUACGGUGUUAAUAAUCGUACGUUGUGGUUGGAGUAUAAAAAGAGGGGUUACCCCAACUUCCGGUUAAGUAUCAAGAACCGGAAGCAGGAGAAUGCACAAGCGGCUGUUGAGAGCAACCAACAAACGCCCCAAAGUCCCCAAACGGAAGUGCAACAAGUUGAGAAGCAGGAAGAACAGAGCCAUCCAGUGGCGUUGAUUAGUGGCGCGUUUUUCGACGGGAAACACGUUGAUUUAGGGACGGUUUUGCAAAGACCCAAGUAUUUAGACGCGACGGUAAUCAAUGCGCAACAAGGAGUCAAUUUUCAAGGGAUUAACUUUGAACAAAUGUAAAUAACGGUUCGGGCCCUUCGAAUUGUUUUAUUUUUUUAUCAUGUGGUUUUUAAGUUUUUAACAUGUUUAUACACCAAAUAUUAAUAUUUACUUUUAGUCUUUCUUAAGAAAAAAAAUUAGUAGGGUAUUCAGUAUUAAUUGUAUAAAAUGAUAGACUGAUAUUGAUACUCUGAGUUAGAAUUGUACACCCAUUCAUGGUGUUUUUGGAUAAGGGUAGAUAUGAGUUUCAUUUUUGUCAGAGUCAGGGGCCAUUGAUGUAAGAUUACCUUCAUUGUUUUUUGACAAAAUUGGGAUAAAAUAAAAAAUCAUUUGUUCACUUCCAAAAUUGAGACAUUACCAAUAGUUACAAAAAUCCCAGAGUCGAUUAAAAAAACAAAUAAAAACUUAAAUCGAUUAAAAACGACAAAAUGGGGUCAAAUUUCAAAAAAUUGUAUAAAAAAAUCGUUUCAUGAGACCUUGAAGCACUCAUCCUUUAAAAUAACUCGCGGCGAACGUCACUUGUUUUGGAAACUAAAUUCGUGCUUCAAGACUGAUCCUAUGAAUAUAUUAUUUGCAUUUUUCUAGUGCGUUUAAGUACGCUUUCAAAUUAAGAAAAAUUUGGACCAAAAUAAGCCGAAAAACUAGUAACUCGAUCAAAAAUUUUGCCGCUUUGGAAUGUUCAAGCUUUUUUAGACGAAAAAACUCAAUCCUUCCACGAGAUUUUGCAAAAAUCACUAUAACAGGAAUUAUUUCGCGAAAUUUUCGACAAAAAAACGAAAAGUUACUGUAGCCAUCCUUCUACAAAAACAUUGUGAAUGGAUAACAGCUUCCCCAGGGUAGAUUGGAAUAAAAAUUACGGCAAAAAUUCGAUUUGAAUCAGUUUUGUCAGUUUAUUUUUGUUGAUUUUCACGAUAUUUUAUCCAAUCGAUGCGCUGGAAGCUGUAGCAUUGAGCCGAAUUAAUAUAUUUUUUAUUUACGAAUUUAUGGUAUAUUGUUUUUUGUUAUAAAUCUUUAUCCUAGUAAGUAAAAUCGAAACAUCACAUUUUGUACUACAUUAUUGACGAUUUCGAAUUAGUGUUUCCGAACUGCAAACUUUUUACCAAACACUUUCUUUAAAGGCCAGUCAACAACUGAAUUCCAAAAAAAGUUUCAGCGUCUAAUUGACUGCUCUGAGAAAAAAGAGGUUAAAGUAGGGAACAAAAAAUUACCAGCACUUGGCAAAUUUUCGCCCCAUGUUUUGAUCACAAUGAACCAAAAAGCAUUUAAAGUUUUGUUACAUGUUAUUAUUUAAGCAAAUUGAGAAUUUGUUAUUUGAUUGUUUUGAUGAACAUUGUACUUGUAGAUUAAUAUGUCAAUAAUCCGACUAGACUAAGCUAAUCCGUAUACAGCUGAUUAAUCCCUUAUUUAGGUAGGCAGCCCUCGAAUUGUUACUGUUUGUGAUUCGUUUGAUGAAUUUGUUCGCCUGAUACUUAAUAUAGACUUACUGCAACUUACUUUACCUUUGUGUACGAGUUUGUGUCAUAAACUUGAAAUAAAGGACAGCUUUUAUAAAGUUUUUA